AUGGCCGAUAAUAGAAGCGGCACAACUUCGCCUGAGAAAAAUUGGCUAAAAGAAGUCAUCGAAAUUCGAUAUAAAGAGGUGGAAGUCAAGACAAUAGACAAAAGUGAAGAAAUAUGCACCUCUCAUCUUCACGGAAAGCAGAUACUUCCAAGAUGUGCCUACCUUUGGGAUGUUAUGGAGCAAGAGAAGGAAACACUACACUUAGGACUCUUUCUCUUUUCGACCCAAUUUGGGUAUAUGAUAUCUGGACGUCAAAGGGGAUUCGAAUCGCCGAUAUCUGUACUGCAUCUCGAUGAAAUUUCCUCAGAAGCGAACGAAUACACUGGUUCAGAAAAUAUUGAAAAGCAACGCACAAAUGAAGAAGUUGCAAAACGCUUAAAGGAAAUCAUCGAAAACCGUGCAGACGGCUACCACGUCCAUCUGACAUGGAAGGAGAACGCUAAACUUCCACCAACCAACAAGUCGAUAGCAUUCAAAACAGCCGUAUUCGCUCCAUUUGAACAA